AUGACUUAUGCUACAAGACUUUUAACUCGUAAGCAAAUGCAAGGAAACGAUAAACGAAAUGAUGAUAUAAAAUCAAAUAGGAUUAAAAAAAAAGCUAUUUCUAAAAGGGAUCACACACCCGCUCAAUAUAAAAGUAAUACUUCGAACAGAACUCGUUCUUUACGUUCCAAUAUCAAUAAUUCAUUAAACUGUACUAAAAGACGAGAAGAACUUGGUUUUAAAAAAGUUAUGGUAUCUGAUAUUUUAGCCAUUAGAAAUAAUGAUGAUGAAGAAUACGCAUUAUUAGCUUAUAAAGAUACUAAUUUGAUACCAGAUUGGCAACCUGUUCGAAACCUCAGAAAUGCUACGGCUCUUCUUGAAAAAUUUUGGCAAAAGCAAGCUUCUCGGUCUUGUCAACUAGUUAACGGAUCUGAUUCCUCUUCAAAUAUCACUGUUGAUGAUAGUUUAUAA